AUGGCCACCCACAAACUACUCACUGCGCUGAAGUCGUCCACCCCCGCUCUCGGAGCCUGGCUGACACUUCCCGGCGCGAUCUACGCUCGGACUGUCGCACAAGCAUCCCCUCACCUGUCUUGGCUGGUGAUCGACUGUGAGCAUGGGCUGAUCUCCCUGAACCCCGGGGCGGCGGAGACAAUCUCAGCAAUCGAAGGCUCGGGACCUAACCCUCCUUCGUCGAUCAUCAGGAUCCCCGCGACAGGAAUCAGCGGCGCUGAUACCGGGCUGGGCUGGCAGAUCAAGUACGCCUUGGACGCUGGUGCAAGGGGCAUUAUGGUUCCCAUGGUCGGGUCGGCUGCGAGAGCGAAAGAGAUAGUUGCUGAGGCGCGAUUCCCGCCCGUGGGCAGACGUGGUUUCGGAAGUCCAUACACCCAUGGCAUUUGGAAUCUCAGCGCGGGGGAUUAUUUGGGAUCUGCGAACAACAGCGUCCAAGUGUGGUGCCAGAUAGAGUCCCAGGAGGGGAUGCAGAACCUCGAGGAAAUCGCAGCGGUGGAUGGCAUAGAUGCAUUGUUCAUUGGGCCUUACGACCUCUCUAUAUCCCAUGGACUGCCUCCUCCUUCUCCGGACCCUCAUCCGGAGGCUGAGAAGUUGAUUCAGAGGAUAAAAGAGGUAGCGCACAAAGCGGGAAAGAGAUGGUAG